AAAUGCUUCAAGAGCACAGUGCGACAUUUAGAUAAAUUUGACUCGCUGAGUACCCCACCACAACAACAAGUUGAGUGUUGAGAAGAAACUCUGCCAUUUUGGAUUACAUACGAUUUUUAAUUGUUUGACAAUAUUACUUCCAAAAUUGAGUUCAACGAGAAGAACACUAACAAAUGUUUAAAUGGACGCAUCGUCCAUCAUCACCCAAGUGUCGCGGGAUGACGAACAAUUAAGCAAUUUUUCACCAGAGAAAGUUCAGUUGCCACGGGUGGAAAAUGAAAUAUCAGUUCAAGGUCAGACUGGGAAGAAGCCCCGGCGUGGAUUGCUGCGCACUCUUCUCUGCUGCUUCAGUAGACAAGCAAGUUCAAAAAGUUCUAAAGCAUCAACGGGAAAUGAUGGUCGUUGCUCUCCCCCAGUUAGUCCGGGCUCGCCCAAUUUUCUGCUGCCAUCUGUGCGACACUCGGACAUGCACAAAAAGUGUAUGGUGAUUGACUUAGAUGAAACACUGGUUCACAGUUCAUUCAAGCCUAUUAACAAUGCUGACUUUGUUGUUCCGGUGGAAAUUGAUGGAACAGUUCAUCAAGUUUAUGUCCUGAAGCGACCAUAUGUAGACGAAUUUCUUCAGAGGAUGGGAGAACUUUACGAGUGUGUACUAUUCACUGCAAGUUUGGCCAAGUAUGCUGAUCCUGUGGCUGACUUGCUGGAUAGGUGGGGUGUUUUCAGAUCGAGAUUGUUUCGAGAGUCUUGUGUGUUUCAUAGAGGCAAUUACGUGAAAGAUCUUAAUAAACUGGGACGUGAUUUGCAAAAAGUUGUAAUUGUUGACAAUUCUCCUGCUUCCUAUAUCUUCCAUCCAGACAAUGCUGUGCCUGUUGCUUCAUGGUUUGAUGACAUGACUGAUUCUGAGCUUCUGGAUCUGAUACCAUUUUUUGAGAAGCUUAGCAAAGUGGAUAAUGUGUACACAGUUCUCUGCAAUUCAAACCAUCCAUAUAACACAACAGCACCAUCCACAGUACCAUCACCGUUGUCAAAUCAGCAGCAACAGCAGCAGCAGCAGCAGCAACAGCAACAAUUACACAGCCUUCAAGUGAACAAUCAUACACAAUUGAAUGUGGGCUCGUAGCCAAGCUUGUAUGUUAACUUUGUUUUAGUCGAUCAGUGUGAACCUGUUGGUGUUAAGACAAGGCAGAAGCUGGGACCUGAAGUUAAAGGCCAUGCUGUUAAUCGUUAAAAGUGUGUAACUGUGAGUGCGAGUGAGAUGUGUCAGAAUCGUUUGAAAUUGUGUUAUUUGUGGUCACGGAAACCACAUGUUACAAAUGAAAUUUGCUUCAUCCUUUUUGAGAAAGUGCAGGACUUUGAUUUCCAUGCAAAACUAUUGCAUGAAUCAACUGUAACACUUCACUUUUGAUGCCUGUUGCAAGAGAGCAAGUGUAAAUAUUUUAUAAAAAGAAAUUCAGAAAUUUUAUCCAACAGUCCAAGUGCCAAUAUUGCCUUCUGAAAAGAUUAAUUGUUCCUCGUUGGCAAGGAAAGAAAUUAUUCAGCAGGUCAUGUUGUGUAUACAUGUAAGUGUGCCCAUGUGUUUCUGUGUGUGUAUGUGUGUGUGUAUUCUCGGUCCAAAUCCCUCAACAAAGUCAACUCCCAGUUAUUUUUGCUGACAAGAAUAGUUUUUUAUAAUGGAAUCUGUUUCCCCAGAUUAUAUUACAAACAAUUUUGAUAAGGCAGAAUGAAACCCUGUGCAAUUUUUGUAACCAGUCAAAGGAUCUUGUAUAAUCUAUUGUCAUAUUUGCUUGUUACAUUUAGUAUGAUUUUACUCUGACUAGUGAAAGAUUUUAUGUACGACUAAAAAAUUAUAUAUAUAUACACAUAUAUUUAUGGCACUAAUCAGCCACUGUAAUAAAUUAAUUUUGGAAUGAGUUACCUGCUGUACAGAGUAAAUUUGACAAAGAUUGAAGAAAUAAUUUGGUGUUACAGUUUUUAACAAUACAAACAGUCCUGAAGCAAGCAGUUACUUCACAUAUUUUAAUGCUCAGGAAAGUUUGGUGCUACUUUCUUUUUUUAUGUAACAUUAUUCAGGUACACACAAUGCCGAGAAAGAACAUAAGUUUAUGGGAAUUAGAAUUUGCAACCAAAAGAACAAUCAUAAAUAUGAGUUAUUAGCCCUCCUCUCCAUCUUUUACUUGCCUACCUUCAAGCAAGUAAAGCAAAAUUGCUUUUUAAAAAAGCAGUUACUUAUAGGACGCCAUUGAAUGAAUAAAGAAAAUGGAGUUGAUAAAAUGAUGGUAGAUCUGUAAUUUGAGCUGUUAAAUUUGAUGUACUGUGGUUAUUUGCCACACACCUAUUAUAAGUAUGUGACUUUGCUAAUCUCUAUAGUGGCCUUAUACAAGCAUGCCAGCAUAUUGUGUUGGCAUGUUUGGAUGUGUGAUUUCGCAUAUCUUUGGCGAUAUUUACACAGCUUUUAUCUUUAUUAUAAUUUUUUACUCUGACUAUUUAUAUAUGUAUAAAAGAGAGUAACCAAGUAACCUGUUCAUGGAUUUCAGUAUUUACCCUUCUGGUGGUGGUUGCCAAUAUUUACUGUGGCAGGGCAACUCUGAUUUUAGUUCAACUCUUGCAGUACAAAUGAGCAUCACAAUAUCAGUCUGUACCAAUGAUUGGUUUUACUUAAUUGAUGUAUGUAUCAUCCAGGGGGGGGGGGGGUUGUUUAUGUGCUACAUGAAUUGUUGGUUAAGAAAUUGAAGUUUUGUUUUAUUUUUGUAAAGUUUAUUGUGUACUCAUUAUGAAUCAUACUUAAGAUAUUUUGCAACAAAUAAACUGAAAUGUGCUUUUUGUUUUUCCUUGUGAAUGAUGAAAGUACCUUGUUUUAUUUAAUUUGUAGUUGAUCAGUGUGUACAUAAUUAAAAUGUAAUAUUCUACCCAUUUGCUUGUCUUCCUAAGUUUUAUUGCUUAUUUGUUAAAGAGAUUGUACUUAGACCUUAGAUUUGACACAUUAUAAAUUUGUGAAACUGGCUGGUUUUAAAAGUUGGUUCGGUGCUAUCUAUAACUGAAUGUGAUAAAAGUAAAUAAAUCUGUUCAGAAGACCAUUAUUUAUGGAAAGUGCUGUAUCUUUCUUUUAAUUACUUGUUAUAGACUUUAUUUAAAGACAUACCACAAUAAAGAAAGUUGUGCCUUCACAUUUUA